AUGAACACUAUUGCAAAAAUCACCCGAGUGGGCGCCAGGUCCAUCCUCCACAAUCGCCUCCCUACUUCUUUCAUCGCAGGGAAGUCGACCCUAACCCAAGUCUUUUCCGACAAGGCCAUUCAUCGUAAGUCUCCUAAUUUCCCUUCUUCGAGCUCAUCUGUUCCUCAGCUAAAGUGUGUAUUGCAGCCNAUCGGCCCCUACUACUCCCAAGCCAUCAAAGCCAACGGCUUUGUCUUUCUCUCCGCCCAGCUCCCCGCCGACGAACGAUGCAAACUCGUUGGUGGCAGCGUCAGCAACCAGACGCACAAGAUGAUCCAAAAUGCAUCUCAUGUUCUUCGAGCUGCCGGCUCGAAUCUUGAGAAAGUCGUCAAGGUUAAUUUGUCAGUCAAGGACUUUCACAUGGUGGAGGAGAUCAAUGAGGUUUACAUGAAGUAUUUUCCGCAAAGGCCUGCGAGGACGGUUGGGCAGGUUGUGUUUAUGCCUGCUGGAGCGGAUAUGAUGAUGGAUAUGGUUGCUGUUGUUGAUGAGGAGUAG